AUGUUUUCCGAACUGGCGUAUUACACAAUUUCUUUUCGCGCUAGUCGUCAUAUGUCCAUAGUUGCCGAAUUGUUCGAUGAUCUAUCGGGCAAAAUCAUGAAUAAUGAAAUAAACCUACAUAAAUUUGACCAUCUUGUUCAUGCCAUUUUCAAGAAAAAGAAUGAGCGAUUUAUUUUAGAUUUAUCCCUCAAAAUUCUUUCUGCUGAAUACAAAGAAAGCCCUUUAUCGACUCCUACAAAUAGUAUAAUAUCACAUGCUAAAAGUUAUACAGAAAUACGGCGUUUUGAUAAGAUAGCCGAGGAGAUGAAAGAUGAUUUGAAGUCUGAUAUAGAUAAUCACGUAUUUCAUGGUAUUCGGAAUUUCUGGAGUGUUUUCUUCGUCAAUAAGGCAUGGUCCGAACAGACUGCUCGCAUUUGGGAGAGCUAUCAAAAGUAUGAGACUGCCGAGAUGAAGAAGAGGUCAUCAGAAAUACGAAAAUUGGACAAGCCGAAAGAUAUUCUUCAUCUGGUAAGUUUGCAUAAAGCCUUGAAAGAAAAAGUUCUGGUGAUAAAUAUGAAAGAAAGUGAGAUAUGGGAAUGGCUCAAUUUUUUCAAGGAAACAUUUUUGGAUCAGCUCCAAGACUCUUUGCCAAAUCUAUCGACAGAAAAUCCCGUUGUCAUUGAAAAGGAAAGCUUCCAACUACGAGGACAGUAUUUUCGGACAGAACACUCACAACACGCAGUAAACACGGCGGACUUCUCCGAAACUGAUUUUAUGAUCAAAAGUAUCAAUCUACCAGUGGAUGGUCCUGUGGAUGGGGAAGACAUAAAUGUGCUGGGCGAGAUCGAUAAAUCACCCAGCGGAAACGUAAGGCAAGAGAAGUUUAUCCGACUAUCAAGAUCGGUCCGUCAAGUGUUUUGCGCUCAGCCUUUGCGACGAUUCAUUCAUGGAUUCUGCUUGUUUCAAGAAGAAUUUGAACUCUGGCUUUUUGAUCGGUCUGGUGCCUAUGGCUCAGGCUUAUUAAGUAUUGUUGAUGACAAGGAGAUAUUCAUUCGAGCAAUAAGCUCAUAUCUCCUGAUGAGUGAUGAGGAACUCGGUCGGGAAAUGUCAAUUCUUCAGAAGGGUGAGGAUAAAUUUGUACAGUUCCUCAAAAGUGGGAAUAUUGAAGGUCCAUCCUAUGAGAUCAAGUUUAAACCAGUAGUACGACCGAUGGGACUUUUUAGUCGAGGCAUAACCUGCUACGAAACGAAGGACGAAUCAACCGUGAUCAAGUACUCAUGGAGUAGUUCGGAAAAAGAUACUUGA